AUGGCGCGAAAGAGCAACCGUAAAAACUCCAUUUCGGGACUUAGUUUUCCGGCUUCAUCGGUGGCUAAGCCUGGCACCAAGGCAAUCUCACAAGCUCUCAAGUUGAGACGCUAUAUUGAUAUACAACUUAAAGAUGUUCUAGAGGAGUCCGCUCGAGGAAAUUGGACAGAGGAGGAUGAAAGGUUGUGGCAGGCCACAAAACCAUAUCAAUGCGAUGAGUGCAAAGAGAGAUCUAGCACAAGAUACAACAAUAAUCGCCACAAGUUGAAUAAGCAUUCCAUCAAGAAGAUCACACGGUGUCCAUUUCCAGGAUGUAAACUGGCCUUUUCCCGAGGUGAUAACUUGGUCAAGCACCAAAAAAAGCACCAUCCUGAGAUGGAACAGCCAGAUGAAGAUCGUAACAGCUCACCAAGUACAGAAAUGGAGGAAAUGAUUGCUCGCUUUCAACUCGUUCUUCCAACUGCUCCUGACCUUCCCGCAAAAUCAGUACCUGAACUUAGGCCUUAUUAUAUACCAGAUAAAUUGCCAUUUUUACCUCCGCAGUUACUAUCCCAUUACUCGGACUAUUACUUUUCUUCGAAGGCUUUUCAUCCAUAUUUCCCUUUACUUCAUAAGGCGACCUUCAAACCUAGCUCAGUCCUAGCAAGCUUCCUCAGAGCGGUUUGUGCUCUAGGAGGCCAAUAUGAUCCUACCAACAAGACAUUAAGUCCACAACUCUGGGAGAGUGGGGUUAAGGUUAUGGAAAGAUGGAUUGAAAGAGGACCUGGGGACACUGACGAAGUCGACCUUGAAAGACCAAAGCGGAACUCGAUAGGCGAAGAAGGGAUCUACAGGAUGAAAGUACGAAGAGAUAGCAGUUAUGCAAUCCCUGAGGGAAUGGUUAAACCCUGUGAAACAAUCAGCGAUGAUGAGCCCACAGAUCCAGCCAAACUGGUUUUGAAGAAACACGCGGAGCGUAAAGAACGUGAAGAAAGACUCUGUGUCUUACAAGGACUCUUGUUGUUUUCGAUCUAUGCUCUUUUCUCGGGCGAGAAAGAAAAACAUAAGAAAGGAAGAAAUCUACUUGCCCGAUGUGUUGAGAUCGCAAGGGAAUAUAGAUAUUUCUAUGAGGUUGAAAAACCCAUUCCUACGGGAUCCUCCGUACAGCACCAAUGGGAACUUUUUGUUUACAGAGAGUCCCGAAAGAGGGUUGCGUUUACGCUGUUUCUAGUUGAUUGCUACAUGGCUCUCCUUUUUGAUACCCCUCGCCUUCUUCGUUCAAUGGAGCUUCGAAACCUCCCAUUGCCGUGUGAUGCUCAACUCUUUGAGGCACCAACUUGCCAGGCCUGGAACCAUCUGUGGCAAACAAGCCAACUCCACGGCUCCGUAAAUGUUUCACCACCUCUAUUUGGGAAGACACUCCGUAUCCUACUCAAGGGUCGUGGUCAUAGCGAACUUCUACAGGCUGGGGGUCUGGGAAGUAACUUCUCGGCAUUAAUAUUGGCUGCAGCCAUCCAGAUGGAGAUUCUUGAUAUUACGAGUAGGUUACCAGAAGAGGAUUUUGAUGUCGGCGCUGAAGAACCGGCCAAUUUGAGCCAAGCCGAUUACGAGAAUGGAAGACUACCUGAAAUCUUUCCUGAAGAAAGCCGCGUCGAGCUACAAAGGUUGCGGCAUGCCCUAAACACCGUUGGGCAGGUUUCUGGAAUUGCAAAUAUGAGGCUCAAGGGUUGCGAGAGAGCGUUCUACAUAUCGAUGCAAUUGGCUUUGAUCCAGAUCAUCCUUCCGGAUCGUGUGACAAUCUAUCAGAAAGAUGUUCCGAUGGACAUGGACACGGCUUUAUCGAACAUCGUGGACGCAGCAAAGGAGCGAUGCUAUUCAGUCACAGCCAACGCUUCAACACAUACAUCCUUCACCCGGGUUUUGGAAGAGACCGAUUUACUGCCACAUUUACUCGGACUUAUAAGAUUUUUAGGAGCAUAUCAAGAUAGUGCUAGAAGUACAGAGUUUCCCGUGGUCACCGUGAUGAUUUUUAAAGCACUGAUGGUGGUAUGGGAGGUUCUUGUACGAAUCGGGGAGGGAAGCAGCGGGUCUGUCGGGUACAACAUGAUGGAAAAUGUGGCUAUGUAUAACUGGGCGUAUGACCCACCGCAAACGAACGAGACUUGGAUGUUGAUGGUCGACGAUGUCAAUUGGGAUGAUCUCCUUGGGAGCGGCCAUCAAGAGCCCCCGAGAUCAUUACCACCUGUGGAGAACUUUCGACACGAGCUCCUGGGGCUUCUUAUGCGCUGGGAGUUGAGAAAUGAAGAGUCAGAGGGGUUAGAGAGCUUGGAGUGGAGGUUUCUUAGGUGGAUGAGGAGUCUUUUCACGGAUAUGGAGCAUUGGGGUGUUGGACAGGCAGUUGUUAAUGCCCUAGAUGGACUUUUUGAGGAUCAGGAUGAUGAAUCAGAAACGUGCGAGGAUGAAUAG